AUGAAUUCCUGUUCAAGCCAUCAAAAUAGUAAAGAAUCCCGCAUUGUCUGGCUGUGUAGUACCAGCAGUAUCCUCACGACUGGCUUCAACAACGAGAGCAUGCGUCAGAUAUACGUGAGGGAUGUGAGACACUUCGCCAAUCCCAUCAACAGCUUCGAGCUAGAGGCGAGCCCUGGGGUUCUGAUACCGUUAUUUGACCCAGAUACAAACAUGUUGUUUCUUGCUGGCAAGGAAGAUGUGACCGUUCGCUGCAUAGUAGUAACCGAAACAGAUCCCUUUUCGAUCGAGGGCGUACGCCACACAGGGAAACAGACGAUAGGUGUCUCCCUGGUCCCGAAACUCGCACUUGAUGUGAUGCACGGUGAGGUCAAUCGAGUUUUACAAUUGACCUCAAAUAUGGUGAUCUCUAUCACCGACCAAGUGCCGAGAAAG